AUGACGACACCCAAUGAGCUAGCACAGCUUGACGUUGUUAGUAAUGGAGAAACAUUUCAUCUGGAGGGUCAUCUGUGUUCCCUUUCUGCCUUUUCCCAUGUUCCUACACAUCGGGAUUUGCCGAAAGACAGGACAUAUUUUAACUCUUCUGAGAAGAAACAAGGAAAUCCUUGCAUAUAUGAUUCAAUCUUUUCUAAAGAGGAUGAUUUCAAUCCAAAGCUUCAUCGCAGUGAUCGCAGGCAUGAUAAACUUAUCGGAUUGGAAAUAAACCAAGAAGAGAAAAGUAAAGAUAUACCAACACUUUCAUCAUCAAUAUAUGGACAUCGUUUACAUAAAAAUAUUGAAAAUAAUGAUCGUAAACAUGUUCGAAUUAUGCUAGUGGAAAGUGAAUUUUAUCGUCGUAAUGGAAUUGAUUUAUUAUAAUACAUAAUACACUUUAUAUCUAAAUACAAUUAUUUUUGUAGACAUAAUGCAUAGAAACAACUUAAUUGUGUAUUAACCAAUCUCGUUAGUAUGUAUAACAUUGUUUUUUUGUUUGUUUUGCCAGUGAUUUUUGUUUGAUCUUACAUAAUAUGAAUUUGUUUUAUUAAACUAGUUCAAAAGUUAUCAAUAAAAAAUGUUGAUUGAGAUCAUGAACUGUUUGAUAUUAGAUCGUAAUUGAAAACCUGGAAGCAGUGAACGGUCGUUUCAUCCUAUUGUGGGAUUCCUCAACAGUGCGCAAUCACGAUCCCGCUAGCGAGAUUCGACCCGACGACAUUUGGUUUCGUACGAGAACGCUUAACCUUAAUCAAUUCAUGAAAUUGCGCAACUAUCUUUCAUUGUACUCAGUACAAGAUACCUGUUUCUACUUGACAUAAACUUACUCAUUUCUUUGGGGUCCCAUCAGCUGAUUACAAUCUAUAAAAUUUUAAAAAAUCCUAGUUACAAAUAUAUUGAGAUAACUUUUGGUAAAUGAGCUCAUUUUGAGGGUUAGUUUGAAUACUUAAAAGUAAAAUGUGGUAAGGAUGCAUACAAAUCUAAGAAACUAAAAGAAAUAAAAUAAAAUUCAUUUUAUUCUGCUCGAAUUGUUGUUCUUGCUGUCUAUUAAAUAUGAAGAUAAAAAUAGCUUCUCAGUAUGAAUCAAUGUAGGUAACAAUUAUGUUCAAAAUGGAAAUCUUCAAUUUUGUCUGGAUAUAUGUCAACGUUUAAAGAAACAGCCAUACAAAAAUGAUUCGUCGAAUAGGUAAAAGCAUCAGACAUACAAUUUUAAUACAGUAGUUCAUAGAAAACAACAGUUUUCUAAAACAAAAACUGUCUUGACUUUUCGUCCGACAACCUAGCUCUGGCUUCUUUCCGGAAAUGAUUAAGAGGAACAGCUUAUCAAGGUGAAAUAAGGUUAAAUAGGAUUCAUAUAUAUUAAGUGAAGAAACAUUCAACACAGAAAUCUUGGAACUUAGAAAUAUAACUCAUAUUUAGUUAGUCCCGAUUUGAGUUUGAUAAAACAUCUUAAAUCAUAUCGUUACUGAUAGCAGAUUAUUAACAAUUAAGUGACUGCUGUGCUAUAUCGCAAACUGAAUUUAUACAGCUAAUAGAGACUAUUUGUAAGGCUUUGUAAUUUGAUACCCGUUAUAUAAGUUACUGACUACUCGUAUUCAGAAGCUGAGUGAAAAACACACUGACCUUUGAUAUGACAGGUAAUAGGUUGAAUCUCCUUGUGAUUAUCAAAACUACGAUCCAGGUAAAUCCAUCUGACGAGCUUCAAAUAGGACAGAAUGUGUGUCCUGAUUCUCGUCUUUGGUUAGGAUCCAACUGCACUACGAUACGGAAGAUUGUUGAUCUUAUUUUUGUGAAACUUAAAAGUUUUAUGUGGUCACAUUCAAGCAUCAGUUGAUAAUAUAAAGAAAAAAUUAAAUAGCUACCCAAUGUCUUAAGAUUCCCGGUAGAUCCGUAGCACAUUUUAAUUCCUUUUUUAAGAUUAUAUAGUCUAAAUCUGGGCAAAAAUCCUUCCCAUGGUCGACAAAUUGAAUCAUUUGUUCCGACUUUCUAACACUGUUGAAUUUAGUUGACGCUAACAAAGAGCUGUGCUGUGAUUAUCUUAUUCAAAGUACACGAAUCUAUCCAGAAGCCUUCUGCGAUAGAAAGGAUAACAAUUAUGAAAUUUUUCUUAGCUGUCAAUGUUUUAGCUCAAUUGUGAUAAGAGUUGGAUAGGAAUCCCCAACUACAAUGAAUGAUCAACUCGCUAUAUCACGAAUCUAUCGACAUUGGGAAUAUGCACAAAUGAAAUGAAGUUCAGUGGUCUAGAUGGCACGAUUGGGUCUUUGAGUAUUGACACCUAUGGCUUUUAUCUCUAUUAUGAUCGUGUUCAUACUAGACCAAGAUAGCUUUUCACUGGUUGAUUAAUUAGAGUCAGUUUAUGAUGAAAACCAUAUUCAGAUAGUAACUGAUCUUCGAAUCCAUAUAAUUACAUGAUUUAUCUUUUGCCACACAACUUGAUCGUGUCUAUUAUGAAAAAUCCAGUAAGAAGAAUUGUUUUUGGUUUCGAAUUAUCUCCUGAACGUAAGUGUAUGUCGAGUAUUUUAUUCGAUUGGCGAACACUAAAAUUAACUAAACGAUUUCUAACAUUUUUCUCAGUAACUCACAUUGUGUCAUCACACUUUGUUUGGACGAGUUCGAAUAAUAAGAUAAUCAUUUGUCCAUGAUAGGUGGUACCAAAUUAAAGAACUCACGAUCUUUCGUCACAUAACGUAUGUUAUUUCAAUUCCACUAAUAUAUCAGUAUUCAGUGAAUAAUAUGAACUUCGUUUAUAUAAUCAUAAAUCAAUCAAUCAGAUGUAUUGUGAUCUCUGAACCCAAUAUCCCAAUUUUGGAGAAAUAGGACAAAAACUUCAAAAUUUUAUUACAUUUUUGAGGAAUUCGUCUAUUUAUUUAUGAAAGCGGAAAAUUUUGCACAAAUUUCGGUGGAUUUAUACAAAAUGCCUCCAUAUUUUUCGACAGAUAUCACAGAAGAGCCUGGCGAUUAUAACUACCUAUAAGUUUCUACUCAGGUAUUCCAUUUUUUCCAGUCAAUUACACACAGUGAACUCACUGCCAAAGAAACUUAACGACAACCGAUCUAUCGCUGUAAUUAAGACUUAUUCGUAACACAUUAAAAUGUUUAUUAAAAUUUAAUAAAUUACAAAUUAUUCAUUAACAAAUAACUUUUCCAUUUCUUAGUAACGGAAGUACGUUACGUGGACGCUGAACUCUCAUUCAAAAUGUUCUAAAAAAAUUAAAAACUUCAAUCUUUAGUUAACAAAAAAUGUCAUGGAAACCAGCUAAUCCUGAAUACUAUGUAAAACGUUGAUGACAUACUGACCAUAGCCUAUCGUGAUGACCCAACCGAGCUAUAUUGGCUGGAACAUAUGUUCCUGUAGAUUCUACAACGCCAGGCAGGUCGAUUGGAGAACGGUAAGAUUAAAAGCAGCAACUAAAGGUCUGAGAGCGAAGUCGUACUGCUGACAGCAGUAAGGUAUUUCCCUCGGACAACCAGCAUCUGCAGCGAUGCUGUCUUCUCACAAGGAUGGAAGGGGUUAGAAAAGGUCGACCCUAAAAAUGUCACAUCUCACCUUACCUCACGAAUUUCCGUCUCCGGAGGUCAGGCCCUUUGAAGAACGGAGCUAACACAUUAAAAACCUUCCACGAAAAAGCCGUGCGCGACCGGCCCCAAGCAGUUGUCCCUUGCGCUCUGCGGUCACGCUCCCAGGUCGUCAAGACCAACACUAAUCCAAUUUCCUUUUCAGGUUCCUCAAGAAAUACCCUUCCACGGUGUGGGCAGCUGGGAAGUGACAUCAGCCCUCAUACUCGUAACAGCACACGAGACCAAGUUGGUCACACUCAAAUCCCUCCUACACCUCCUCAUACCUCUCUUAUCUCCACGAAUAACCCUCCUCACGACCCUUUAUCACCUCGCAUCGCCAGGGCAAACGAUUCCAGUACGCCAAACGUUUUUACUGGUCUCCUGAAACCACGCUCUAAACUAUACGUAGGAGCUUUUAACGUCCGGACACUGUGCCAAAUAGGACAACAGGCUUCCUUAGCUAGGACUUUAGAAUCUCGCGCCAUCGAUGUGUGCUGCGUCUCCGAAACGCGCAUACGGGAUCCGAGUAGCGUCAUUCAUUUAACCUCACCAUGUCAAAGUAACGAAACAACUCGAUUUACGAUCAGUGGAUCUGAAAGCCCUGAUUCUGCUUCCUGUGGCCUCGCCGGUGUAGGUAUAGCAUUGAGUCCUAGGGCAGAACUAGUUCUCUUAGAGUGUAUCCCAGUAGAAAAUCGUUUGUGCGCUGUCCGACUAAACGGAACAGGAAGGACUCGGAAAGUUAAGGACACUCAUCGUUGCCUCUGCCUAUUCUCCCACUGACUGCAGCUCAGAUGAUGUAAAAGAUGAGUUUUAUAGAAA